UACUAUCACUGGCAAAUAGCAAUGGCUAAUCGAACCAGAGCUCCUUCUUGUGCUGUUUACAUCAUUCCUUUGCUUCUGCUCGUCUUCUCCUCGCUGGCUAACAACAAGAUGGUCUUGGUGAAAGCAGCUCGAGUUCCCGCAGCCAUGCCUGUUGGAAUCAAGAGUGAGGAGCAUGGUCGAAUAGCUGCGGUGAUCAAACUCCGGAUAAAGAGAAGUAAUUCAAGAUCCGGCCCACACGGCGGCGGCGGCCAUCUCCCUUAAUAUGUGCGCAGUAUGUUAGCUAAUCAACUUGGAGCAAAUAUAUGAUGAACUUCUGAUGAUGAGGAAGAAUAUCCAUUUUAGUUUUGAUCGAGUGGCUUAUGAGGUCAGCUUUUGAAACCAAUGAACCGGUAUUUCAAGA